UAUUACCUCGUAAGAAUUGUCCAACAGGAUUCUUCUCGUUAUAAGAGGCUGAUGCGACAGGACAACCCAAAUCAGUGCUCGUCAAGUGUUGAAUAUGAGAACUAAACAAUCCGGACUCCCGCAAUUGGUUCUUCUCUUAUGUCUUGUCCUGGUACAUUUGUCGUCUUCUCAUAUCGAUAUCAGCUUUCGCAGGUCUAAGCGUUCACCCACUGGACCCAAACCAUGGCCCGCCGGCCACAGACCUCACCAUCCUCAGCCAAGAGGUCAUCCGCCUCGUCCCCAACAACACAAACCCCAUCCCAGACCUCAACAUCCGCGUAAGCCUCAUCCAAGGCCUCAUCCCCCAGUGCAACAAUACGCAAGACCAGCUCCAUUGCCUCAAUUUCAGCCUCAUCCGCAGCCUCCACCACAAUCUCAACCACAACCUAAACCACAGCCUCCACCUCCUCCUCCACCUCGGCCAUUGAUGCCAUCAUCUCCUUCACCGGCUCCUGCUCCUGCUCCUGCCCCUGCCCCUGCCCCUGCUCCUGCUCCUGCACCAGCCCCUGCUCCUCCACCAGCUCCUGCACCUGCACCUGCUCCUGCACCAGCUCCAGCUCCUACAAUGCCCAUGCCUGCUCCUCCUAUGCCACCACCGGGUCCGUCUAAGGAAGAUAAAUUAGAGGCGACGCUCUUGUCUCUUAUCACGACCCUGAUUGGGUUGGUAGGAAAUCUAGUGAAAACUCAAAAUAUGCCUCCCAAGCAAUGUCCAGUUCCAUCACCUGCGCCACAAGCUCUUCCUCCUUCGCCACCUUCCCCGCCUCCCCCAGCACCAUUACCACCUCCUCCCUCGCCACCUCUUGCUCCACUAGUCCCAACACUACCAGAUGUAGUGGACAAGAUGCCAAAAAAGAUGGACAAGAUGUCAAAGAAAAUGGAUAAAAUGCCAAAGAAAAUGGACAAGAUGCCAAAGAAAAUGGACAAGAUGCCAAAGAAAAUGGACAAGAUGCCAAAGAAAAUGGACAAGAUGCCAAAAAAAAUGGACAAGAUGCCAAAGAAAAUGGACAAAAUGCCCCUUAAAGACAAAAAUACGGAUAAAAUACCUCCCAAAGAUAAGGAAAUGGAUAAAAUGCCGCCCAAAGAUAAGGAUAUGGACAAGAUGCCAUCCAAAGAUAAGGAUAAGAUGCCACCCAAGGACAAGGACAUGGAUAAGAUGCCGCCCAAAAAUAAGGACAUGGAUAAGAUGCCACCCAAAGAUAAGGAUAUGGAUAAGAUGCCUCCCAAGGACACAGACAUGGAUAAGAUGCCAUCCAAAGAUAAGGAUAAGAUGCCUCCCAAGGACAAGGACAUGGAUAAGAUGCCAUCCAAAGAUAAGGAUAAGAUGCCACCCAAGGACAAGGACAUGGAUAAGAUGCCGCCCAAAAAUAAGGACAUGGAUAAGAUGCCACCCAAAGAUAAGGAUAUGGAUAAGAUGCCAAAAAAAAUGGAUCCAACCAUCAUUCAAAAUGCUGAAACUGGGCUCAAUCUGAGCAUGUAGUUGCCCGAAAAUAAAGAUAUUUCUUAUCUGAA